AUGGGUGGCCGUUCCAUUGGCACAGACUUCAAGAUUCUCCCCAAAUCUCAGGUGCUAAAUUUUGAAGAGGAAACACUGAGAGAAGCCCAACGAAUACAAUGGAGUGAACCAGCAGUUUGCUCUAGAAGACACGUGAAGGUGGACUUUGCUGAUAUCGGCUGGAAUGAAUGGGUCACCUCUCCGAAAUCUUUUGACGCAUACUACUGUGCGGGGAGCUGCAAAUUCCCAAUGCCCAAGAUCUUGCGGCCGUCGAACCACGCCACCAUCCAGAGCAUCCUGAAAGCCGUCGGGAUCAUUCCAGGCAUACCAGAGCCCGGCAGCGUCCCCAAUACAAUGAACUCCCUGGCUGUUCUGUUCCUCGACCAGAGUGACAAUGUUGUGUUGAAGGUGUACCCUAAUAUGUCUGUCGAUAGCUGUGCCUGCCGAUAG